GUCACAUGACAGCUGGGUCAGCUGACACAUCUCAUGAGAUGACUGAAAGUGCUGGGUCAUUGAUGACAAAUGUAGAGGUAGCGGACACACUGCAUAUAUAUACAGAACAAAGCUGCAGACGCACCCUGAGGCUGUCACUAUGGAUCUGUCAAUAGUGUGGGCUCUGCUUCUCUGUGCUUUGGUCCAGCAAGGGUCAGCACUCAUCAGAAUACCACUAACAAAGUUCACCUCCAUCCGUCGGACGUUUUCUGAAACAUCUGGGGAUGUGCAGAAAUUGAUUGCACCUGAAGGCUACAAAAAAUAUUACCCAGGAUUCCCACCAAAUGGAGGACCCACACCAGAGAUCCUGAAAAAUUAUCUAGAUGCUCAGUACUAUGGAGAGAUUGGCAUCGGAUCCCCUCCACAGACAUUCACCGUUGUGUUUGACACAGGAUCUUCUAACCUCUGGGUACCAUCAAUACACUGUUCUGUGCUGGACAUUGCCUGCUGGAUGCACCACAAGUAUGAUUCUUCCAAAUCAUCCACCUACGUGAAGAAUGGCACAGCAUUCUCUAUACAGUACGGCAGUGGCAGCCUGUCUGGGUACCUCAGCCAGGACACUGUGACGAUUGGUAACCUGGCUGUGAAAGGGCAGCUAUUUGGGGAGGCUAUCAAGCAGCCCGGUGUUACCUUUAUAGCAGCCAAGUUUGAUGGCAUUUUGGGAAUGGCGUACCCUCGCAUCUCUGUGGAUGGCGUCCCCCCUGUUUUUGACAACAUCAUGCAGCAGGCAUUGGUAGAGAAAAAUAUAUUCUCCUUCUACCUCAACAGGAACCCAGAAUCCCAGCCCGGUGGCGAGCUAUUACUGGGAGGCACCGAUCCCAAGUAUUACACAGGGGACUUUAACUAUGUGAAUAUCACCCGCAAAGCAUACUGGGAAGUUCACAUGGACCAGCUGGGUGUGGGAGACCAACUCACACUGUGCAAAGGCGGCUGUGCAGCCAUUGUAGAUACUGGAACCUCACUGAUCACCGGCCCAAAGGAAGAAGUGACUGCGCUGCAGAAAGCUAUUGGAGCCAUCCCACUGACUCAGGGAGAGUACAUGGUACCGUGUGAUAAAGUCCCCUCAUUGCCUGUCAUCUCUUUGACACUUGGAGGCCGAGGAUACACCCUGACUGGGGAACAGUACAUACUGAAGGUGACACAGGGGAGCCAAAACAUCUGUGUAAGUGGCUUCAUGGGUCUUGACAUUCCUCCUCCAGCCGGACCUCUCUGGAUAUUGGGCGAUGUCUUCAUUGGACAAUAUUAUACAGUCUUUGACCGGGCUAACGAUCGAGUAGGGUUUGCCAAAGCCAAGUGAUGAGACAGUCAUGUACAAUCACCGCUUGUUCUUCCCAGGAACUUAAUGCAAUUAUAUCCCUUACAGAUUGACAUGUAACCGCUGAGCACUGUGCCAGUGGCAUCAUCCAUCUUAUGCCAUUGGUUCCAGAGUGUUAAACGUUCUUGUUGUCCAGUCAGUAGGCACUGAACAGCUGAAACCUAUCAAGAUUCAGUGCCUGUUAUUAGUAAUUUAUUUUAUCGCAUGGUAGAAUAAAUAAUGAUCAAUAAAUUAAGACAACAUGCCGCAAUCUCAAGUGUGGCCGUGGAGCAGAACAAUCUUAAGUACUGUAGGUCAUUUUCAGUUUUCAGUAACUUGGAUUGUCCUGCUUGCAGUGUAGUCCAGCAAUCCUCAGGUUUAACUACUAAAUUUCAGAUUAAUGCAAAGGGAUAGAUUGUGUGAGAAAUUUUCACAGUGCACAACAUACUGUAAAUCCGUUAACAUGUGACAAUCUUGUAUGAACUGUGCCACCCCAAAAAAAAAUAUCUAUAGUUAUGGAAAUCAGAUGAGUGCAAGAACACUUCACUGGUGACAAGACCUCCAGUAACCUUGCUACAGAUCUGCCUGUAUGUGGCCAGUUUGUUCGCUAUUUUAAAAACAAUCAUACAGAAUGAUGUACAUUAUUAGUUUAAAGCCACGUUCAAACAUUUUCGCUAUUGUAAGCCACAGAAAACAAUCUGGAACAUCCUGAUUGUUGGCAAAGCCCCAAACUACUGUGACAAGUACGAGAAACAAUUAGGUUUUGUUCAGCAGUAAACAAUGACGGCCAUAUUCCUGGGCUGUAUCUACUGUACCUUUUAACAUGACCUACUUCCCGUGACACACAGUGUUUCAACAAAUAUCACACAACUGGAGAGUGAAGCUCCUUUAUAUUGGCUGUGCUAAUCUGCUACAUAACACUAUUAAAUAGGUCAGGAUCUAAGACUGUGUAUUUCAUGCAAUCUCUGCCUUGUAAGACUGAACCCCACUGUUUUAAAUUGAGUAAUGUUUAUAGAAUUUUACAGAAUAUACCCAAACAAUAAAAUAAUAUAGUUGAAACAGAUUAAAUGUGGCACAAAUGCGACAUACUGUACAGUAAGUAAUAUCAUAGGGCAGUGUACAAAAAUGAAGGACGUAAUCCCGAAAAUAGGAUAUACAUAGUACCCCACCUCUUAUAAAUAUAACAUAGCAAGACCCCAAAGGCGCCAUUUGGGUUUACACAGCUGGAGGCGAUAGAGAAGUACAAGAGACAAAUAACAUAUAAAAAAAAGCAAAAAAACAAAAUACUCCACCACCGCAAAUCCGAAAUGUACUAACUGCAUACCAAGCAAUAUAAAAUACCAAAAUAUAAAGCACCCACAUCUGCCCGAACAACAGAACUACACAAUUACCCCCGAUACAAACCUCCCUGUAACCCCCCAUCCUGUAUGAUCAAUAUACAACCCCUAAGAACCCGCAACCUGGAGAAAGGUAAUAAAGCUACAUACAGUAUAUGAUGAGGGCAAUCGACUAAUGACCCAAAGUUAGUGUAGACCCAGCUCUCCCACGCAUAUGAAAAUGGAGUUAUCAUAUAACAAAUGAUGAAUAUGAUAUGAACACGUGUAUAGCACACAUGAUAUACAAUUUCACAUAAUUAGAAUUAGCAUCCCAAACAGAAAGGCAUACUGACAGGCUUCAUAACUUUAGUCCGGCCAAGCCUCAGACCCCUGAAAGGAUAAAAUAACGAAGCAGUCCCUUCCCAACUCACUCGACGACAAAGAGGAGAGUACAUAGCUUACUGAAAUUACAACUCCCGUAGUCCCAGCAGAACCAAUAGGAUUGGAGACUGGACUAUAGCAGCAUCAAAAUAACCAGGAACAAGGUAGUUAACAAACUCACAGACAUGGGGAAAGAUAAAUCCAAGAAAUAAUCAGGCAUCGAAACUGUGAGGACUGCAGAUUCAGAAAUCGGAUAUACUUCCAACCCAACCUCUUCACGAGAUUUCCAAGGGAUGUAACAUGGAGAAGGAUAUCCACCUGCAUUUCCCCAAUAUUAUUGAGAAACCUCUGAGUAGAGGCAUUAAUAACUAGGAGGAUUUGUUGCAGAGAGCUAACCAUAUUAAAACGUAUCACCGAAGCUGCCAAGCCAACAGGAGAAAGUGUUACUUGAAGGAGUCCAGCCACCAGAUCUCACCAGCAGGCAAACAUCAGGCAGAAGAUGUGCAGAUAAAGUACCAGGAGAGAGUGCCAGUUGCAGUAAGCAUCCAUCACUGAAGCACAGAGAACAGCCAGCAGCGUAAUCCACAGCCCAAGGAGCAUAGGAGCAGCAGGAGGAUCUGAAUGACUGCUGGGGAGGACUACAGCUGCAAGAUGGCGACGGUCCAUGCCUACCACAUCCCAGACACCACAACAGAUGGACAGGAGCUGCGAUGGAAGCAACCAGGAGUCAGAAUGGAGCCCACAGAUAAGUGCCACACCAGGGGGCAGCCACGGGAGCCAGAGAGACAGCCAGCUGCUAGUGCAUCCAGGAUACAGAAAAGGAUGGUCGGGAACCAGACUGAGAAAACCAAGUGCCGGCAGCACUGCAAUGCAGUCUUUGGAGCCGAGGGAGAAACCAGAGGCUGAGACAGCAGGGACCUUCGGCUAGCAGGUAAGGAUACCUCAGGGAGGCAUGAGGGGGAAUUCCACCAGUGUGCUAGAUUAAAAGUGGAAACUCCAAACAAACAGAAGAUAUAUCCAGGAUUUUCAUGGGAGAGCUAGCAAGAUGCUUCCUACCCCAUGUUACUCCAGGCCAUGCCCCCAAGAGUGAGCCCCUUUUAUUUAUGUUAUAGAGCAGGUAAGAUUACGUGGGACUGGAGUAAGUACAAAUGGUAAUAAUCGGGUAUAUGGUUAUUGUUUCGUGGUUUUAGGAAUACAGAAAUCACAACCACUGAUGUAGUUUUAGCAUUCAUAAUUGCAUAAAGGACUUGAAGAUAUCACAAAGGUAUAAUCAUUGUCAUUUUUGUGUAGUUACUUGUGUUUUAAGAGCACACGGUACAUGUAUAUCGAUACUUCCAAGUUUUCCAAUAAUUAUGCUACAAUUGUUGUCAAAAUCAACUCUUUUACACUGGAUUAUUGUGAGAUGACCGAACCAGCACAACCUAUAAAUUGUCCAUGUGGCUUCCUCACAGAUGAGACAGCCAUUUUGUGGCUUGAGCCUUCAAUUGACUAAAAUGUAGGCACAUAACUGAGGCAUGGGUGAUGUCACUGGUUCUUAGUAAAAUCAUAGGCUACAUUUUUCUCAAUAUUAACUGAGCCCACAAAAUGGCUGCUACCACUGUGUAUAGACAAUAUGUACACUUUAAAGGCAUAUCAUUACUUAAUGUAUUAUUCUUUGCUAACCUAGUAAAUAGGUAAGCUAGGUUAGAACAAGCUAAUGCUUGUUGUCAUAAAAUAUAUUUUGCUAAUUUAUAAGUGAGGGCCAGAAGUUAUAUUACAUUGUGAAUAGUAGUGUGAUACUAACUGAAAAUCCUUUGAUAAUAAUAUACAGUUAGUGAUACACCUGUAUGUAAGGAGCACUGAUUUGAAUAACCAUUCUCGGCUGUGUCCUUUAACGUCUGAGGCCAACCACGUCAUAGGUGCCUUGUAUUUAUUGUGAUUACCAGUCCUGCUCAAAGGCAAUUACAAUCAAAGUCCAUGACUGUUACAUGGAGAUCAAAUAAUAUAUUCAUGUAUUCAAAUGUCAAGCAAUAAAGAACAAAUGUUCCAGUUA